GCGAUCUUAAGGUAUUAAUGGAAUAAUCGUCAACAAUGACAACGCGUGGCAAGGGCAAGAAAAAAGGCGCUGGCGCAAAGACUAACGGAAAAAAUAAUGGAAAAGGCGCUAAAGGUGGCAAUGGCGGCAAGUCUAAAGGCUCGAAGAAAUCGAGAAGAAGCGGAGGAAAAGCACGGUUCGCUAUGGAUAUUUUCAACGAGGAAAUGAUGGAGAACGCCUAUUACACGUGUCACAACAUCAUGGACGUGCUGAAGUGUCGAGGUUUUCCAUGGCCGGAUGCUCAGAAAAAAAAGAAGGGAAAGAGAAAGAAAUAAAUAGAUACUCAUUCAAGUAUCUAAAAAUAUCGAUUCUUAUGCGAAAGAGAAACUUAUAGUAUUAUUAUUAGUUUAUAUAGAAAAACAAUUAUAUCUCAUGACAUUUUGUAUGUAAAAUUUUAUAUUAUUAUUAUUAGUAAGAUGAAAACAUGUACUUUUUCAUAUUGACUUGUACGUUUUAUGUCUUACAAAUGUAUCAUGUUUUUUUUAAACCUCUUUAAACGUA